AUCCUCUCUCUCUCUCUCAAGGAAGAAAGAAUAGCUCAGAAACCCUAGCUCAACCCUAAUUCAGAUCAAACAUGCCGGCGGAGUCGCGAUUCAGAUUGGUGAGGCCGUUCGACAUCGCCGAGGCCUUUGCUCAGAGGCGGUCCGGCGGCGUCAGGAUUCUUGUUGACGAGAGACCCGGGCCGGCGAGGUUCAUGGCGGCGCCGGCGGCAAUUCGGAGGCCGCUAGGGAUUUGGGGGACUAGUGGUAGAGUAGCACCGAGCAGUUUGAGGACUCCGGGGACCGGAAUCAGGCGUGGUCGAAGUGGUUUAGGGGUGGUGACACCCGCCAGAGAGAAUACGCCGCCGGUCGGGAGUUUUAGCCGGAGACGGGGCCAGGGAUCGAACAGUGUGCUACCUUAUUGGUACCCAAGAACCCCUCUCCGUGACAUAACUGCUAUUACUAGGGCCAUUGAGAGGAGAAGAGCUCGCUUGGCUGAGGAGAAUGGUCAAACUCUAGAGGGUCAAGUUCCAUCUCAGAAACCUCAAGUUUUCACUGCUACUCCUUCAACCAUUAAGAAGAGACCUCGCCCACCUCCUUCUGUCCUUAAAGUGCAGAAAAUUCUGCUGGAAGUGGCCAAUCAGCCUGAUGAGGGAGAUUUUGUGACACCACAGAAGAAGCUGCUGAACUCAAUUGACAAAGUUGAGAAGGUGGUGUUGGAUGAACUUCAGAGGCUGAAGAGGACCCCAAGUGCGAAGAAGGCAGAGAGGGAAAGAAAGGUUCGAACUUUGAUGUCGAUGCGGUGAGGAGACAAGGAGAUGGACACAUUAGACCUCCUACAGUAGUUAUCGCCAUCUGGUGAUACUUUUCUACCCUAUGGAAUGAUGCGACAAUCACCUUCUGGUGAUAAUGUGCGCUGAAGCUAUCACCUUCUGGUGAUAAUGGCAGUGAAUAUCACCAUCUGGUGAUCCUAACUUGGUUUUACCGAACCUAUCUUUUGCUUACUGCACUUCACAUCUUGCUGAAGGUGUCUUUAGAUUUAUGGUCAUCACUCAUCAGUAGGCAACUCUUAUAACAUUUGAAGUUCACUUUCUGUUUAGUAAAUAUGCUCAUGUUUUGUAUUGUAGUUGACAGUUUUGGGGUAAAUGUAUAGAGGCUGUGUGCCAUGUAACCUCACUUUGCUAGCAUUUGUGUGGAUCCGUUCCUAGAUCUGAUGGUUUUCGAAGAAAGGAUUUAUGAAUUAACCGGC